AUGAGUCAGAAGUUGUCGCCAAUUGAUAUUAAUGAAAUUUUUGAAAUUGAUGUGACAAAGAAAGAAAUAACCAAAAAAGAAAAGACUCAAAAAGGACCUAAAAAGAUGAACGAAGAAAAUUUAAAGAUUUUACAAAAGUUCGAUACUUAUGAUACUGAACAUAGUAAAGAAUUAGAUGUAUUUCAAUUAAAGAAAUAUAUAGAAAAAGAGUUUAAUAUUUCAUUAAAUGAAGAAACAAUUAAAUAUCAUUGUGGUCAAACAUUCUUAGAAAAAGCAUAUAAAGUACAAAGAAAUGAAUUUAUUGCGUUUCAUAAAUAUAUAACAUCAAAUAUUAAUGAAAUAUCAAAAGAAAAAACAAAUAGUAUUUUUGAUGAAUUUGAAAAUCAAUUUAGAGAUAAAGGAGGAGCAGAUUUUAAAUGUAAAUAUCUUGAUAGAAAUGCUUUUGUUAUCUCAAAUAAUGAAAAGCCACAUUUAUUGAAGAAUAGUUUAGAAAAACCAAAAGAAAGUAAUGAUAUUUAUCAUAGUUUUAUAUUCAAUCAACUUUUUUCUAAUACUAAUUCUAUAUAUAAGAUGCCCAAUCAAUAUCGAAGUGUUUUUGAUGGAAAACCACCUUUAAAAUUAAGUUUAGUUCAAGGAAAUGAAGAAUUAUUUAAUGUAGAUUCAUUGGUUCAAACAGAAAAUAGAAAACCUGGUACAAGAAAAAGAAAAAGUAAAUACCUUUUUGAAUAUUAUAAUCCUAAGUUAUCUGAAAUUGAUUUGUUAUAUUCAGCGAAUCUUACAAAUGCUAAAUGUCAAUCUUUAGAAGCUGACCUUAAAAUUAGGAAACCUUCUCUUAUUGAAAUUACUGGAUUUAAAACAAAUUUAUCAUUAGAUAAUUUAUAUUGUAGAAUGUCAUUUUAUGAUAAAGAUUAUAUUAAAUUAACUUCUAAUUUCUACUUUGUUAUAACAGCAGAAAAAUUAAAAAAUCAUAUGGAAAAUAAUAAAACACUUGAAAUUCCUAUUGCAUCUGCUGUAUUAAAGAAAGAAUAUAUUGCUAAUUUAUGUCAAGUAUUUGUUGUAUUAGAAGUAUAUAAACAAAUGGAUUCUGAUAUUAAUUUUGCACGUGAGAUUUAUUGUGAUGAUACUAAAAGAGAAGUAAAAGUAAUUAAGAAAUAUAAUGAUCAUUGUAAAGAAUCAACAAAAUUAUUUGAACAAAAAGGUUAUUUACAACUUUUAAUGUUUAGUGCUAAAUUAAUUAAUUUUCAAGCUUCAUAUUCAAAUAUUAAAUUAGUUAAACCAAAUGGAGAUCCAAAAGAUGUUGGUUCAAUGAUUAGGGAUAUUGAAAAGAUGAAAACAUGUGGAGAAUGGAGUUUUAAAUAUAGAGGAACACGACCAGAAAUUGUUCAUAUUGAUGGACCUUAUAGAAUGUUUUCUUCUGAAAAAAAUGAAACAUCAACAUUAAAUAUUUUAAUGCUUACAGACAUUAGUCCACCUGAAACUGAUGAAAUUUAUCUGGAUUAUCAAAAUUUAUUAUUUGUUUAUCCGUCUGAAGUGUCUUUAGGAAAAGAGAAAAAAAAGAGUGGAAUAAUUUUAAAUGUUUAUCUUAGAGAUUCUGAUUCUUUAUUUGAUGAGUCUAAUCCAGAUGCAUUAAAAAUGAUAUUCCCUUGUCAAGAAGGAGUAAUAGAAAAUUUAGAAACACGUUUUACAUCAUCUGUAUCUAUUGAUAAAGUUGGGCAUUUUAUUGAUGAAGUAAAGAUCCAAUUACCUUUUCCUCUUAAUGAAAAACAUCAUUUACUUUUUGUGAUUAAAGACAUCAAUGUUGAUGAUGGAAGUGAAGGGAAACACUUUUUUGCAAAACUCCCAUUAUAUCAAAAAGGAUUAGUUGUUCAAGGAGGUGAACAUAUUAUCCAAGUUUUAAAAGAUAUGGUACCAAAUUAUCUUCAACAAGGUGAGUGUUAUGAUAUAGCUAAAGUAUAUGUUAAGGCUAAUAUUCAAGUAGUUUCUUCUGUAUAUCCACAAGAUCCUGUUAUAGCACAGUUUAUUUCAGGGAAAGCAAGUAUUAAUGAUAUAAGAGAUAUUGAAUAUCAUUAUGAUCUUGUUCAUUUCCUUCCAUGUAUUCUUCAAAGAUGUAUAGAUGUAUUAAAUGAUAGAAAAAGAGAAGAAAUUUAUGAAAUGUUUCGUGUAUUUAGAAUUAUUGAUUUAACAAAAGAGAAUAAGACUGAUGAUGACACAGAAGACAAAUAUCUUGUUUACAAAAAUCCAUUAAUUCUUAAUGCCAUAAAUCAUUUUAUACCAACAAAAACAAGUGGAGGUCAUUAUCUUUGUACAAUCAUUUUAUCAACUUUACCUAUUAUUUUUGAUAAAGCAGAAACUAUUGCAAAAGAAAGACUAAAGUAUGUAUGGAUUAUUUUCGCAUUAAUUAUUAAAUCAAUGGUUGGGUAUUAUGAAGACAAGAAAGUUUUUGAUCUUACUAACUUCCAUGAUUUUUGUAUAACUGAAAAUGGUAAAAUAGUUGGGGGUUCAUUAUAUGAACGAUCAAUUUUGUUUUCUGAUUUUCUUGUUUAUUGUUCAGAUAAUAAAAUUGUUGAUGGACUAACUAUUCGAGAUGCCAAUUUAUUCUUUGCUGAGUUCAUUAGAGAUUUAUCUUUAUUAUGGAGACAUGAUGAAAUGGCUAAACUUGUUGAUAGUCAUUUGGACAACCUUUCAAUGAUGAAAGAGAAUGAUGUGUCUUCUCCAAGUAAUUUCCAACAAUUACUUCGUCUUGAAUUUAUUUCAGUCUUAGCCGAAAGUGAUCAUUUGUAUCAAGUUAAUGGACCACAAUUACUUGAAAUUAAAGAAAUUAAUAAAUUAAAUGAUCAAUUACAACAACGACACACUUUAAUGUUUAUUAUACUAAGACAGUAUUUCCAAUUAAUAUUAAAUCCUGAUAAAACAAUUAGUACAAUGGCAUUACAAGAAUUACUUAUUAUUAUGAAUAAAUAUGAUCUUGAUAAACAAUUUUCAACUCAAACA